AUCAAUAAGAAGAAUAUUAAGAAAACCCUCCUAAACCCUAUUCUCUCAAUCCUAUCAAUUCUCGUUCCCAAUCCCUCUAAAGGCCUAGGCCGAUUCCCUAUCUUUCUCUUCUCAAAUCCCUAAUUCUGUUCGUAUAAACCCUAAUCCCCAAAUAUCAAACCCAAUAAUUUGGUAUCAGAGCCCUCAUGAGUUCUUCGAAACUCAGUGAUCCAGCAUGGGUCCGGUGAAACUGUUGCCAAUCCAGGCAUCCAGCAACUGAACCGUUGGCUGAGUGCUUCGCAAAGUCUCAGCGUUUGCCUCCGCGCCGCCGCCGGCUUGUUUGUGUUUACGUCCUGUUUCCUGGUUGGAUUCCGGAUUCGAUGUCAAGCUCGCAUCUUUCGUUCUGGGUUCGCGGUGGAAAUUAAUUUUGGAUGAUUGAGCUUGCUAUCUUAUCGGAAUAGGCCAAGAGCUGGCAGUAUCUUUUAAUGGCUGUCAGGGUCGCUCAUUGUGAAUGCUUUCAAUUCAAAGCAGUUCAGCAGCUCGGCAUGGCUAGGAUCAACCAUCGAAACUGCUCUCUAUUUCAUUGGCGAAGAAGAAAAACCGGUAUGACUCAGUUCCCUUAUUCUUCUGCUGGUAUGACCUGCAAUUCAACUACUCCUAUGACCUCCAAUUCUGUAACUUUCGGUAGCGUAGAUGAUGCCUUGGAUUCAUUUAAUCGGAUGCUCCAAAUGAAUCCCAGACCUUCCGGUGUCAAAUUUGGUCAGUUGGUGUCUUCUCUUGUAAGAAUGAAGGCCUUCCAGGCUGUCUUCUAUGCUUCUAAACGAAUGGAACUAGCUGGAGUCCCACACGAUCGUUACACAGUUAGCAUAUUGCUUCGUUGCUUCUGUAAAUUGGGUCGAGUAGAUUUUGGCUACUCAGUUUUGAGCAAAGCUUUGAAACUCGGUAUUCAAUUCAAUGAUGUGAUGCUCGGUACAUUGAUUGACGGGCUCUGUAAAGUUGGGGAAGUAGUCGAGGCUGCAAGGUUGGUUCAUAAGAUUAGGAUUUUGGGUUAUCAACCGGAUGUUUUCACUUAUAGCAUAAUUAUAGAUGGACUUUGUAAGAUACGGCAAACAAAUGCUGGACUUGAAUUGCUCGAAAACUUGAAGGAGUUCGGUUGUCAACCUAAUGUCGUUAGUUACAAUACAAUCAUCGACGGCCUUUGCAAGAGUGGGUUGGUAUCGAAAGCUUUAGAUGUGUUUUCAGAGAUGGAGGAUAGAAAAACUCAGCCAAAUGUUAUUACUUACAAUAGCUUGAUUUAUGGUUUAUGCACUUCAAGCUCAAGGAACAAAGCUAUGAUGUUGUUGAAUGAAAUGGCAGACAGGAAGAUCAUGCCUGAUACAUUCACCUAUUCCAUAUUAGUAGAUUCCUUCUGUAAGGAAGGAAAUGUUGUGGGGUACAAUAUACUUAUGGAUGGGUUGUGGAAAGCUGGCAGGGAAAAGGAAGCAAGGGAAAUGUUUUCUAGGCUCUCUAGAGAGAACUGUUUGCAACCUGAUACCCGGACAUAUAACAUUACAAUUAAUGGACUUUGCAGACAACGUUUUGUGGAUGAAGCAUAUGAAUUGUUUAGGAAAAUGGAGGCAGAAGAUAGUUGUGUACCAGAUAAUUGCUCUUAUAAUGUGAUCAUUCAUGGAUUUCUUCGCCAUAAGGAUCCACUUGAAGCAAUGGACCUCAUUCUUGAGAUGGUUUCUAAAGGUUUCUCAGCUGAUGCAACCACGAUGUCUGUGCUAUUAGAAAUGUUGCCCAAGAAUCAGUUGGAUCAUCCAAUUUUGCAGAAGCUGUUGAAUAGUCCUGAUACCAAGAGUCAUAAAAUAGGGUCUAGUGGUCUAUCAGCUGCUGCAACUCAAGGAACUUGCUAAUAUUCUCAUCCAAAGGCCAGUUGCAUGAUCCUGUAGUUUAUCAAAAUCUCUUUGCGUGUCGCGAUCCUUGCCAUUCCACUUACAUAUGUGUUUCCAUGCUUUCUGAUAUUAUUAGAAAGAACUUGAUUCAAGGGUUCUGCAUAUUUGCUGGUUCUCUCUGUUUGCUGUGUAAAUGAGUUCCCUGUACGUUUCUGUCUGUACUUAGCAUGAGAAUAGAUGAUGAUCCAUGUCUGAUGCAUUAGUCAUGUGUGUAGAAGCUAUUUGUGAUUGUUGUUCAGAGAUAUGAAUUAACUUAGCUCGCUUGUUUAGUAACAUAACUACAUAUUUGCCCCAAAUCCCUUGAAUGGAACUCUGGGGUUCUGCUAUUGUCAAGAAGAAUCAAUGCCUUUGGUUAUCCAUUUUUCACUCAAGUCCUCUGAAUAUGAUAGUGAUCAGCCUUCCAUCCCUCUAGAAAGGAAGCUUGUGUUAGUAAGAAGGUAUGACUUCGAUCACAGUUCAAAUACUGAUCUAGUCUUAGUAAGAAAUUAGUCCAAAUGAGCUCUUUGUAAUGAAUGAAAGAAUUUAUAUAAGUUGAGAAGUACAGAAUGUUUUACGCAUAGUUAUUCAAUGCAACACUUUCUUAAAGGUACCAGGCAGAGGCUGGCUCGUUGUCGUCCGGAGAGGACGACUCAAUUCUGUUAGCAGUACUGGAGCUAUGAAUAUGGAGUGAUGAUGCAGAUGAGAGUAGGAGACUACUAGUUUGUAGCCGAGGGAGCUAAUGGACAGUAGUUUGUUUAUAGCUGUGCUAAGGCUUUGAGUUUCUGGAAAUGCUGCAGAAUUGGGAUCCUGGUCGCCGCUCAUGUCCUGUUCUUAUGAAUGUAAGACAGUUUAGGUUUUAGUGUCUUCUUUGUUAUUGUUGUUGUUUGCUUGCCUGUGUCUGGCAUAGGUUUACAAAGGAGAACUCGGUGAAGGCAAGGGGAAGUUUGUGUCUUCAGAGUGCAUUUCAAGGUGACCUAAUGUUUAUGUCCUGCUGAAAGUCACAAUUGUAAGAGAAUGUGUUUAAUUAGAAUCUGCUUGUUGUUUGUUGUAUUCUUUGGAAGGCUGUUCCAUUUUAUGCUUUUGCUUGUGUGGAAAUUUUGCACCAGGGAAGAAAACUUAUUAAUGCUUCCUGAGGAUGCAUGACUUUUGUUUGCCAGCCAGCUGCCAUAUGAAUUUGGGCGGGAACAAUAGUUCUGGUCAAAUUUGUUUAUCUGCUCUAAUAAGCUGGAUUUGGAACA